AAAAAGGAAAAGGUUCUGAUUGUAUAUGGGAUGGGGUCCACCUUCAAAGACUCACUUGUAUUAUUGUUUCUGAAGAACUGAAGAAACCGAUCGGCUAAGAGGUUCUGAAAGGCUGUUCCGAAGAACUCGUUUAACAAAAAAUAGAAAAAGAAAAAGAAAAAGAACAAAAAACUAAUCGAUUUUUCAUAAAUUUUAAGGAAAAAAAAAAAAACGAAAGCUAGAACCGAAAGUUGUUGAAAAUGGUGUCGGCGAACAAGGAAAUGGUUGUGUACUGCUUCGACACCCUCGUCGCUCACUACAACAGCGAGGAAGCUCCUCCUCCCUCCUUCGACGAUGGUCAACACCCAUUGUUUGUUACAUGGAAGAAAGUGGUAAAUGGUGGGGAGCCUCGUCUUCGUGGGUGCAUUGGUUCUCUAGAAGCACGUGGCUUGAUCAAUGGGUUCAGAGAUUAUGCGCUGAACAGCGCUCUCAGGGAUCGCAGAUUCCCACCCAUACAGGCUAAAGAGCUUCCUUUAUUGGAAUGUACAGUCUCUAUUCUUACUGAUUAUGAAACUGCUGACGAUUACCUUGACUGGGAGGUAGGAAAGCAUGGUAUAAUUAUUGAAUUUUCUGAUCCUGACUAUAACACCAGGCGAAGUGCCACAUACCUGCCUGAAGUGGCUGCGAAUGAAGGUUGGACUAAAAUAGAGGCCAUUGACUCCUUGAUUCGUAAAGCAGGCUAUAAUGGUACAAUCAAAGAGUCACUUAGAAAGAACAUACAGCUAACCAAAUACCAAAGCACCUUAUUUACUAUGCACUAUGGUGAAUAUGUUUCCUAUGUGAAGCAGGCAAGAGGUGAAGCUCCAUCUAUUCUUGGAGCUAAGUUGCGCAAUUAGUUAUUUUUUCAGACAACAUUUUCUAAAGCUGGACAUCUUCUUUGGUGAAAGAUUGAAUACUUUUUCCAAAAAAAAAACUUGGUGCAAUUUUUUUUCAUAACCGAACUACUGUGACUGGUGCAACUUUUUACAUUCUUCAAAUUCAUUUGAUUUUGAAGAAACUACAUAACUCUGGACUUGGUUUUUGUGAACGUCCUUCUGUCACUGAAUUCAGUAGCUUAAGAAAGCUGCAGCACUGUUGAACUUGUUUAUGUCAGUCUUGUUGAUAAUUGGAACUUUAAUCUCUCUCUC